UCGCCGCCGUUGUAUUCCCACAAAAGAAAAGAGGUCGCCGUUGUAGCAGAGACUCGCAAUCAGGGGAGAGAUAUGGGAACCGUUAAAGCCGGCAAACCCUCCAAGUCUUGGAGGAACCCUAAUAAGCUUGGCAUCAGAAAGAAGAGAAGCAACCAUGACAGCAGUGCAAAGAAAAUCCAGCAGAAGAAGAAGAAGAAGAAGACGAAUAAACUGCAGCAGCAAGACAUUUCCACGGACAUAGUCGAAGAACAACAACUACCCAACGAAGAUGAGGUUCCUUCUACCGCCACCCGGCCACUGGAUUUCUUUCUGAGCGAGUUCCAGUCUGCUAAUGGCAUUCAGCUUUCGUCUCUCGAGUUGGAAUCGAUUAACGAGGACUGCUUUAUGGAGUUAUCGGAAGAACUGCCGCAUGGUGUUGAGGCUCUAGGGAAAGGUAUGAAGGAUGCGUUCGGCAAGUCAUGGAAAGCAGAACUCUGUGACGGGAAGCUUGUGGAUGGCAAGAUCGAAGCGGGGAAUCCUGCUGUUCUUUUCAUUUCUGCGUCUGCAUUGAGAGCAAUAGAUCUUCUGAGGGGUGUGCGGUUGUUGACGAAAGAAUGCCAUGCCGCCAAGCUGUUCUCGAAGCACAUGAAAGUCGAGGAGCAGGUCACCAUCUUAAAGAACCGUGUUAAUUUUGCUAGUGGUACACCAAGCAGGAUCAAGAAGUUGAUCGACAUUGAAGCAAUGGGGCUUUCACGGUUGAAAGUUGUCGUGCUGGAUUUGCAACAAGAUGUGAAGGGUUAUUCCUUGCUCUCACUUCCACAAGUGAGAGGCGAGUUCUGGGACUUGUACAAGAGCCACAUACACCCACGAGUGCUUCAAGGCGAUCUACGGUUGUGUCUCUUCGGUCCAAUACCUAACAAGUCGAAUGAUAGGAAAAGAAAGUGAGUGGACGAACCCCCGAUGACUUAUCACUUCGGUAUCAAUUUUGAACCCGAGUCUAAGAAUCGGAAGAGAAGCUGCCGAUCCUUGCUGGUCCUAGAAGUGAUUUGCCCUGCUUCUGUCCUGUUCUUGCCGCAUGGCUGUGUGAAAUUCGUGAUAUGUUGUAUGGAGGAGUUUGAUGUGACACAAGUGUAUUGAGCCACAGCAAGCAUAAUAUGCAAAGAGUUGUGAAAUUUUUCGGCAUACUGUCAGUUGGCUGCUUUGAGAAUUCCGUUUUUGGCAUGUAAAUAUGAGCAGAACACAACAGAGGAAAAUAGAGUAAUCAUCUGUCCUCAAAUGUGAUAUAUUGGUGAGUUCAGUGACGAAAUUUGUAUUAUUAAUCCAGAAUAGAGUCUCGUGCGAAUU